UAUUGCUUAUAUCCGGCGUACACCGUAAUCCCACUCGGGCGGAGUCAGCAGCACACUGACAGUCUUCGGCACUUGGCUAAAUGGGAGCUCGUCAAUCGCUGCUGUCGACUAUGGCAACUGAGUGUGCUGCGUUAUUUCCUCCACUGACUCCGUCGGCGUCUCUUAUGUCCAGCUCGAGUAUCCUGGGAUGAAUAACGAGCGCCACCGCGAGAGACGCUUAGCUAGGAAUGUCUUGUGGGAAGUAACGUUAUGAUACAUCAAAUGGCGUAUAAAGAAGUAAAACCGAUAGUGACGGUGGUCAUUUAGCUACAUUUAGGUUGAUAGGAAACGUUAGUAUUGUGGCUACUUUUACUUCACCUAGAAGAAACACUUCCGCGUUGUGUGUUAUCGGUUAUCGGUUAUAAAUAAGUGCAUACCGUGUGUGUGUGUGUGUGUGUGUGUGUGAGUGUGAGUGUGUGAACUACAUUUAAGCGGUUACACGCGUGUUAUUCUUCCCUAAGGUCAAGAGGAGAUUGUAGGUGCUUGUGAAGAAGCACUGCAACAAAACACUAUCCUGGGUCUGUCCGAGGCAUGACGAGGAAAGCUAAAGCUAUGGGAACAACUCAGAGCUCAGAUUCAACCUCAAGACGGAGUGACAGUGCGGGGACAGACCCCUCAACGUCGGGACAGGGAGAACUGUUACCUGUCCCUCUGGACAUUGUGGAGGAGAUCUUCCUGAAUCUUCCUCCCCAUCUGGUGGUUUGUGUUUGUCGGUUGGUGUGCCGUCAGUGGAAAGAAGUGGCCGACAGUGAAUCUUUCUGGAAAGAGAGGUGCAGAAGAGAAGGAUAUCGCCUCCGGGACGCUUCCAAAAUACCUGAAGACUGGAGGUUGUUUUACUUCCUGUGCAAGCAAAGAAGAAAUCUGCUCAAGAAUCCAAGAGCAGAAAAUGAAAUGAACAACUGGCACAUAUUGGAGAAUGGUGGUGAUAACUGGACAAUAGAGGACGUUAUGACGCCACAUCCAAAUGAGACAGUCAAGAAAAACUUUGUGACCUCUUUCCAAACGUGCAAGAAGAUGCAGCUGAUUGAUUUGGGGAUGGAAGGUUACAACCCAUCGUUUAUGGAUCAAUUCCAGCCAGACAUCAGAAUAUCUGAUUGGUAUGCACCACGAUGGGAUUGUGGCAGUGAGUACGAGAUCCAUGUAGAGCUGCUGAAUCAAAGAAAGAGACCCAUCAAGACGUUUUCCCCUGACACUAUUUACUUUGAGCAGUGGAGCGAUCAGAAAUGGAAUCAGAUGACCUAUGUAUUCAAGAACUAUGGAAAAGGAGUGAGAUACAUCCGUUUUACCCACGGAGGCAAGGACACACAGUUCUGGGCAGGAUGGUAUGGAAUUCGUGUUACCGACAGCUGCGUUGAGAUAUGUCCAGCAAUGGACACGUAGUUCUUUGGGAUUCAUCUAAUGCCCGCUUCCUGCCUUUGCCAGAACUUGCAAAAUUGCACAGUCUUGUUUGCCUUAUCUGUCUAUCUAUCUGUAGUCAUUUUACAUGUUAAACAAAUGUUUUUUCUUGGAUCCUCAUACGCAUACAGUACGUUUGCAGUGAGCUCAUUUUACUACCAAGGAGCCAUUAUGGUUCCCUGGGAACAGAGUUCAGUUUGAGAACAGCCAUAAUAUAUUUCACCUUCAAUAUUAAACGUUCCUUAUUUUUAAUCAAAAUGUACAGUCAAGCUUGAAUUAAAUUACCUGCUGUGUUUUCGUACACCAACUGUAAUGGAAAGUGGUUGAAAAAGAUGCCAUAUACAUUAUGUAUACAGUAUGUAGGCUUCUCUGUGUAUUCUUUAAGGUGGGGUGAUUAUAAUGUGUAAGUUAUAUGAAGGAAUCAGUUCUGACAUCCAUGAUAAGACCGUAAUGAAUGCUACAUGGCCUUGGAAAAAGAAAAUUCAAAAAGUUGAUCUCUCAGCUCACAAGGGAAUCUGUCUAUGAAUGCUAUUAUAAUACUACAGCAUUGCUGUUUGACAACCCAGCCUGAAUUUAAUAUUCUUUGCACUGUUAUGUAAUGUGUAAAUUAUGACGCUAAAGAAUUGUAGAACUGUUUUUUGUUGCAGAAUCUGUUUUAUUUUGGAUUUCCUCGCACCACAUCAUCUUUAGAAAGUUUGUAACCUGUAUUUACAUAACCAUCAAGUCAGACAACAUGUAUUUGAAAUUAGGUUUAUUCAUAUUAAUACUGGUUACAUUGUGAUGCAAGAUACAGUACAAAUUUGAUGUCAAAUUGAAUAAAAGAAGAAACUAAUUUUCUUACUUACUUUCUCUUAACAUUUUCCUGGUUAAUUUCAGUGUCAUCUGGGCUUCUCUACAUCUCAGUAUCAGUAAUGCACACAUUGUAUUCAGUCAAUAAGUUAUGAGUUUUUUUCACUGUAAUUAUAAAUUCAAGCCCAUCAUUCAGGCAUGGACAUAGCAAAAGACAAAUGCAAAUAGUGCUAGUUCAGUCACUCAGAAAUAUUCACAGGGUCUCAAACAAUGCAUUCUAAGAACCGUCAAUGACUUCAUGAUGCUGCAGCGUAGCAGCAGCAAGUAUCUUCAGUUUAUUAACCUGGGGUUAUCAGCUGAAACACUCCUACAAAGUUUAAACAUUGCAACUUUUGAUAUGCAUUCGUCACCUUCUUGUGACCUCACUUCUGUAACAAAAAUUAAUGACUGGCAAACUUUUGUGCUCCAACUCCUCAUGUGUCGUUACUUAAAUUGACAAUGACUAUUUCUGAUACGCGACUUCCAAAAGGAGGUAGAGCUCUACUCUGACAAGUGUCAAUUUAUUGAAGUCUUCUUUUGGCAAACUAGAACUAUGUUGGAUCAUAGCCUAGAAAUGUCAUUUUAUAUCAAAUAUUACUUGGAUCUGCCUGGAGGCAAUAUUAACAUUGAAUAUGAAAAAUGUAAAAAAUACAGCUACUUUUAUUAA